AUGUCAUUCCUGGCAAAAGCUGUUAACAGCCCUGGAUUCUUGGCACAGUUUGUACAGCAGCAAAAUGAAAGAAAUAGGCAUGCAAUGGAAGGCAACAGAAACGCAAUUGUGAAGUACCAACCUGUAAUGAAUGAGGGGGCAAGCAUUAAUGCUCAGACAGUGGAAGUUCCAAGGAGUCACUCUUCAGGAAGUUCCACCCACUUCUGCCCAGCCAUUUGCAAGUGCAACUUCAGCUGUUGCUGGUCAAGUUCAUCGGCUGCCAUAUCUGAGAUCCAGUCAUCUCCUCUAGGUAAAUCUUCUGAAAUUGCCCACAUUCAAUUUUCAGAUAUAAGUUCCCUCGUUGGAGCUCAAGACUUGCCUCCUGUUUCAGAUAUGACUAUGCCUGAGGUCUCACAGUUGCAAGAAAUUGUGCCUGUAAACAAUAUGGAUUCUAAUCGAUCAGAGAUGGAGAAUGGUUCUUUCAUGGAUCCCACAUUGGAUGGAAAUGGAAUAGUGCCAUUGAGAAUUGAUACUUUUUCUCCCGAUCCUCAAAGCGAGUGGCAGAGUAACUUGAUAGACAGAGUAACUUGA